UUGUUCAUAGAUCAUGAUCACAUUUGCCUGUGUUCAACACUGCAUAAAUCAGAAAGCUUCUUUCCAUUCUCCAUAGGGAAACAAUAUUUAAAAUAUUAGAAGACAAUAUUAAAGGAGAGAUAUGUAAAACCUAAUAUCAUGGAGCCAAAAAGCCGUAUAGAGGUUGGGCACUCCCGCCUUUAUUGCCAUCACUGCGAGUUUUCCAGCCUGUUCCCCAUCCAGUUCAGCAAGCACUCGCUGGAGCACGGCCACCCCGCACACAUCGUCUGCCCCUUCUGCACCUUCAGGCGCCCCAACACUCCCAGGUUCAAAUACAGGUUCAAAGACCACCUCCUGACGCACCUGGAUGAGAGGCUCGUGUGCACCAAGUGCACGUUCUCCACCAAGUUCAUGAAACAUUUUCUCCGCCACAUACACGGCCACUCCUCCACAUACGCAUGCCCCUCAUGUUCAUACACGUCUAAGUACAAAGAUGCGUACAAAGAACAUUCACUUCGUCAUCUUGCCAAGGAACGUGUCACUUCUGACCCAUGUUUGAAAUGCCCCGCAUGUUUUGAGAUGAGUUCUACACAUGGCGAGACUGUUGAACAUGUGCAACUUCAUGUUGCGAAUGAGGAGUUAGGCUGCGCUACGUGUGAGGGGAAAGUUAUGUUGAACGGUAACUCUUAUAAACGACAUAUGUUCAUACAUCAUCUUUUGUUGUUGUAAGUGGCAUACAUUCACUGCUGUAGGUGUCAGACAUUCACUGCAUUCACUGCUGUAGAUGUCAUACAUUCACUGCAUUCAC